GAUGGCCAUUAGUCGUACUCUGGCCACAGGCAGCAAUGGGCACUCCAAGGACUGACAAGAGCUCGGGCUCCGGCAACCUGAUCAUUGAGCUGGAGGAGAAUGAGCUGGCGGGCAAGCAGCUGCCGUGGUACUAUGGCCCCACGUACCUGCUCUUCUGGGUGGGCCUGUUCUUCGCCGUGGUCCUGCCGCUCUUCCAGGCGCUGCCCGAGGGCCUGAAGAUCGCCGAGGAGUCGUCGCGUCCGGGCAGAUUUGUGGCCGAGCGGGCGCAGGCGAUUGUGCUGCCCAUCAGCCAGAUGGGGCCCCGAGUGGUGGGCGACCACGUCAAUGAGGUGACCAUAGUGGAGUAUAUGCUGGGGGAGAUUGCCAAGGUUCGCGCGGCCAUGCGCGACGAUCUCUUCGAUUUGGAGUGGGAAGUACAGCGCGCGUCGGGCUCUUAUCUGCACAAUGGCAUGGUCAACCACUACCAAGGUGUGCAGAACGUGAUUGUCAGGCUGAGCACGAGAAGCUCCAACAGCAGCUCCUACCUGCUGGUCAACAGUCACUACGACACCAAGCCAGGAUCGCCGGGUGCCGGCGACGAUGCCUACAUGGUGGCUGUAAUGCUGGAGGUGCUGCGUCAGAUUGCCAUCUCCGAUAAUCUCUUCCUGCAUCCCAUUGUCUUCCUCUUCAAUGGGGGCGAGGAGCAGCCCAUGCUGGGCUCUCACGGCUUCAUCACACAGCACCGCUGGUCCGCCAAUUGCAAAGCGCUAAUCAACUUGGACGGUUCGGGCGGUCGCGAGUUGCUCUUCCAGGGCGGUCCCAAUCACCCCUGGCUAAUGGAACAUUACAAAAAGAGUGUGCCGCACCCGUUCGCCACGACCACGGGCGAAGAGCUGUUCCAGGCAGGCCUCAUACCCUCGGACACGGACUUUAGGAUCUUCCGCGACUUUGGCGUCGUGCCAGGCCUGGACCUGGCUGGCAUUUACAAUGGUUUCGUGUACCACACGGAAUUCGAUCGUUACACCGUCAUAUCUGGCGAUGCUCUGCAGAGCACGGGCGACAAUGUGCUGGCUCUGGUGCAGAGCAUCUCCAAUGCCCACGAGAUGUACGACACGGAGGCAUACUCUGAGGGCCAUUCGGUGUUCUUCGACUUUAUUGGCCUCUUCUUCGUGUACUACAAGGAGUCGACGGGCGUGGCCCUCAACAUCUCCUUCUCCAUCGGGGCCAUGGCCCUCGUCUGCCUCUCGCUGUGGCGCAUGCGCAAGGUGUCGGGUCAGCCCGUGGGCACCUUCGCCAGCGCCUUUGGAGUGCAGUUCCUGCUGGCACUGGCCGGUGUCCUGCUGGCCCUGGCGCUGCCCCUGCUCAUGUGCGUCUUCUACGAUGCCGGAGAUCGCACUCUGACUUACUUCAGCAACAGUUGGCUGGUCAUCGGCCUCUUCAUCUGCCCCUCGGUAAUUGGUCUGAUUCUGCCGCAGACCCUCUAUCUGACGCUUCGACCAAGUUCGAAGAUUUCGCAUGCCUACCACCUGCAGAUCGUGGGCCAUGCCUACUGUGUCCUCUUGGCAGUCCUCUGCCUGGUGACAACAGCUCUGAGCAUUCGCAGCGCCUACCUGUUUCUCAUUUCCAUCGUUUUCUAUGUGGGCGCGCUGAUCAUCAAUCUGCUGACUCGCCUGCAUUGCCGAGGUUACUAUUGGUCCGUGGUGCUGGGUGCCAGCCAGCUGAUGCCGUUCCUCUACCAUGCCUAUCUGUUCCACACCUUUAUCGUCAUACUCAUACCGAUGGUGGGGCGAUUUGGCGUCACAACCAACCCGGACACCAUCAUAGCCGUUCUCUGUGCCUGUGGCACGAUACUCUCCAUGUCUUUUGCGGCUCCGCUCAUAAAUAUGUUCCGGCGACCCAAGAGCAUGCUGGCAGGCUUGGCCCUGGCCAUGUUCGUGUUCUGCAUGAUCUCCGUCUCUGACGUGGGAUUCCCCUACCGCCCAAAGACCAAUGUGAUGCGCGUGGACAUGAUGCAAGUGCAUCGCAGGUUCUUCGAGCACGAUGGAUCCUUGAGCGGGGAGAACAGCGGCUACUAUCUGCACAUGCUGGACAGGAACAAGGACGGGCCCCUGCGCGACACGAUGGACCUCACGGGGCUCAUUCGGCUGGGCGAGGACUGCGACUCGGAGCUGAUGUGCGGCAUUCCCUGCUACCGCUGGUGCUCGGCUCGCAAGGAGGCGCGCUGGCUGCCGAGGGAACAGCGGGUGGAGCUGCCCUACCCCACUGUCCUGGAGCUGCGCAACAAGACUGUGCUGGCCAGGGGCGACCAGGCACGCCUUGAGUUCCGCCUGUCCGGCCCUCCCAACAUGGGGCUCUUCUUCAAGCCCAGGAGCGGAGUGAAGCUGCUGCGCUGGUCCUUCGCACAGGGCAUGCUGGACAAUCCGUCCACGUUCCGGCCACCGCUCCAAAUCCAGAUAACCUACGGCAUCGACAGCACUCCCAUUGACUUCGACGUGGAGCUAUCGAAGGACAAUAGAAACUUCGAUGAGCCCCUGUUCGAUGUUGGCGUCUCCGGGCACUACGUGGGUCCCAGGGUCGAGCGGGAUGCGCUGAGCGAACAGUUCCUGGCCACGCUGCCCCACUUCACCUUCUCCAUGCAGUGGCCGAGCAGCUACGCCCGCUACAUCUACUAAGAGUUAGCCAAGUAUUAGCCUAAGCAGCAGAUUAAGGAGGGCCACGAGUGUGGGCCAAUGUGGGGCUUGCUGGGGGAGUGGAAGUGGAUGAUGCA